AUGGCAAAAGGCCUCUGUCCUGGAGUUGGUCGGUCUCGUGAAAAAAAGAGUGUAGAGAAAACAGGAAGAGAGAGGCCAAUAUUCCUCAGGUAUCGAGCAUGCACACAUGCUAAUCAAUAUGGUUCUGAAGUUGACCUUUUGGGAAUGCAAGAUUUACUUAAAAACCUUCGGUACUCUGUGGUUGUUAAAGAGAAUCUCACAGCUCAGGAAACAGAUACAGCACUAAGGGAAUUUGCUGCUCAGCAAGAACACCAAUCCUCAGAUAGCAUUUUCCUGGUAUUUAUGUCACAUGGAGUCCUGAAUGAAAUUUGUGGGACAAAGCACACGGAAAAAGAGCCAGACAUUCUUCAUGAUAAUACCAUCUUCCAAAUUUUCAAGAGCAAUCACUACCAGAGUCUAAAAGACAAACCCAAGGUCCUCAUCAUGCAGGUCUGCCGAGGCAAUGAAUAUGGAUGUCUUUUUCAGAAGGUGCUGGGUGUUUGGGUGACUGACACAGGAAAAGACUCUGCAUAUAAGUAUGACCAGUUCUUGCAAUAUUCCAUCUGGGAUGCUGCUAUUAAAAAAAGCUAUGUGUCAAAGGACUUCAGUGGUUUCAAAUCUUUGCCUCCAUAUAAUGUUUCUUGGAGAUGUGACACAAAUGUUCCUCUCUUUAUUUGCCAACCUAUCUAUUACUUCAAAGAAUAUUCUUGGUGUCAUCAUCUGAAAGAGAUUUUUUUGAAAGGUAGGGAUCUUCUUGUUCAACAUUCAUUUGAUACUCCAAAUGUACCGACCCAGAUGCCUGUGAUUGGAAAAGGAUCCAUGACAUGAUAUUUCUACCUCUUCUCUGGGAGUUAA